AUGCCAAGGUAAGAAGAGCUAAAUUUCAAAAUAUGUGGUAACAAUGACAGUAAUUAAAAGAACGGCUGAAUUACUGUUGUAAAUAAAGUGUGAGGGUUGCUUUGAGAAUACUAAAAGAAACGUGGUGUGAAUAGUAAUUGAGGUAACUCUUGUGAAUCAAAGGCAAUUGUAAACUUUGUGGACCGCGCACAGACGACCAAGAAUAGACUUCUUUGCCCUUGUGCCCUUAGGUCUUUCGAAGGAGUUGGCCGUCUUUGUUUUGUUCCUCACGCCCUCUCUCCCUCAGAAGUCAGCCCAAAACAAAGUUGGACUAACAAUAAGUGUAUUUCCUUGCGAAUAUAAGUGCAGCCGAAUAAGAUGUAAUUUCUAUGGCCUUAUUUCAUCAAAGUUCACCCCAUUUAAGCAAUCAGUUUAAACUGUUUCCGGUCAGAUUAGCCGAGUUCUACAACCUCAACAUCACUGACCACGACUACGAACUUGAUGAUACUGUACAGGGUGAGUUGUGUCAUAUUUUCAAUUUUUAAAUUCUGCAUACCGUGUAUAAUAUCUAAGAAUUAUGCGAGCUUAUAUGACUUUCUAACAUUUCCUUUGCCCUCAGGCGUUUCCCUUGCGGCCUUUCUCCCAAUCCUGGUCAUAUUCAUUGUCGCUAUUACAUUAUUUGUUUUCAUCAAAUGCAAGAAAUGGCGGAGGAAUCGUGAUAAUGUAAGCUUUCUAUUGUAAUCGUUAGCAACAAUAUAAAAUGCGAGUUUUCUACUUUUCUCGGGCCUAGUCGCAGAAACCUUGUAUGUGGGCCCGCUAGAGAAGGUCUGCGUGGUUUCUGACUAAAAACAAGCCGUCAAGCUUGUCUGAGGUAACAGACAGAGAUCGUGUCUAUUAGUCCAGACAAGAACUCGUCUGGUUCCAGGCAAAACUUUCUGCCUGAUCGUACAAAAUAAUCUUCCGAGACCAGAUAGAGCAGUAAACUCGGUGUGAAUGGUUAAAAACUAUGAAUCCGCCAUUAUUUAAAGACUGGGAUCAGACAAACUCACGCAGAUCUUGUGUAGCGGGUCCACAGACUAUAUAUCUGGGGUUCUGCGACAAGGUCCAAAAAAAAAGUAGAACUGUAUCAUCUUCUCCUUCAGUUCAAGAAGUUGAGGAAAGUGUAUGAUGCCCUGGAGAUAUUGGACCUGCUGCAUGAGAAUGGCAACCCGGACCCUCUGCUAGUAAGUAUCCCUUGAUAUUUCCCGCUAAAAUUCUCAAUUGUCAUCUUUAUUUCGAUUUUCAGCUCUCCCAAAUUGAUAAAGCGCUUGUUGGAGAGAACUAUGAAGCAGGGAGAGAUCUGGUGAACAGGGACAACAUGAUUAAGUACGAGUACAGUGUCCGCAGGCCAUCAACAUUACCCAUCUUGAAUAAAUCGGUGGGCACAUAG